AGAAGGUCGAGAGACAGAGAGAGAGAGGGAGAGAGAGGAAGAGAGAGAGAGAGAGAGAGAGAGAGGGGAAUUUUUUGAAUGCUUAAAAAUUGAUGGUCGGAGGGGCAGAGUGAUGGCCACAGACCAAGAGAUAUCGCAGGCUCUCCAGUCCCUCAUCAGAGACUCCUCCACCCCCAACAAGCCCAACGCCCCCGCCCUCACCUCCUUCAACGACGUCGUCCACCAGCUCCAGUCCAAGCUCGGCGUCGACCUCUCCCACCGCCUCGACUUCAUCCGCGCCCAGAUCCGCCUCCUCCUCUAUCCCUCGCCGCCGCCGCAGCACGUGGCGCCUCCUCCCCCCCCGCCGACCACCGCCCUCGCCCCCCCGAAGGACCACUUCGUCCUCCACCCCCACCACCACCACCCGCAGCAACCCCCCAAUUUCCACCCCUCCCCCUCCGCCUUCCACUCCUUCCCCCCGGUCAGGCCCGAUCUCCAUGCCCAGCACCAUCCCCACGUCCACCAGGUCCAGCCCGUCUCGCUGCCGGCCAAGGAAAGCGCUCCGGCUAAAGGCAAAAGAAGAGGUGGCCCUGGGGGGUUAAACAAACUCUGCAAUGUUUCUCCAGAACUUCAGGCCGUUGUCGGUCAGCCGGCAAUGCCUCGAACUGAGAUCGUGAAGCAACUUUGGGCUUAUAUAAGGAAGAACAAUCUCCAAGAUCCAAAUAACAAGAGAAAGAUAAUUUGCAAUGAUGAGCUGCGUUUGGUGUUCGAAACAGAUUGCACUGACAUGUUCAAGAUGAACAAAUUACUAGCUAAGCACAUCAGCCCCAUGGAACCCACAAAAGCUUCAGAGUCAAAGAAGCUCAAGGUAGAUCCAGAUUCUGGAGUCAGGAGUAGCACUGAUUCUGGUCCAUCGGUCAAAAUAUCUGAAGAACUGGCAAACUUUUUUGGGGUUAGCGAGCCAGUGAUGCUUCAGUCAGAAAUCACCAGACGGAUUUGGGAGUAUAUAAAUGUCAACCAGCUGCAGGAUCCUCGAAAUUCGAUGACGAUUCUCUGUGAUGCAAAGCUUCAAGAGAUUUUUGGAUGUGAAAGCAUUCAAGCCCUUGGAAUACCUGAAGUUUUGGCAGAGCGACACUUGAUCAGAAGAUCGUAGCUGAAUCUGUUGGCUGGGGUGCUUCUGGUUGCUGUUCGUGCCGAAGUAGCUUUUAUGGAGUUCUGCAAUUAGUUUGUUUAGGGAAACAAUAUCAGUUCGGUAGUCUCUCUACCUACCUAUGUACAGGAUGAAAAUCUUUUGUCUGAAACGGCACAAAAAUCGUAGUCUCUGCUUUCCUGACAUGGCAUUUUAGGUUAGACCUAUCCUUGGGAAAUUCUAACCCCUGUAAAGUGCAGCCGGAAGAACAUGAACGUGUAAAACUAUGACAUUUUCAUUUGCCAGUAUGAAGUGUUGUUUUCUGUGCAACUGUAA